ACGAAGUCUGCGCAGUUUUCUACGGCACGUGUGGUUUGUAGAUGUUACUUGGCUUGCCUUCAUUGAAGGCUAUGCCUAUAUAUUGGAGGGGGGAACGAAGGAGGCAGGCUGGUUGACUGGGGACUGUGACUGGCUUGGAAUUGACAAUUUGGGCAUCUAGGCGCAGAUCGGGCCCAUGGGGGGAAGCAUUUAAAAGUCUGUGGUUCAGCCCUCAGGCCUAUAAAUUGGACAAUAUUCGCUUGACGCGAUGAAAGAAAGCAAGGAGAGGAAAAAGCAGCCUGUAACCCUCAGCCGUGUUCUGUCACUGGAUUGGCCCAGGCAUUGUGACGUGUUUGAUAUUACUGAAUGAUACUUGGGGAAAAGUAUCGGACUCUGUUCUAGAAACUGCACGAUGCCCUUUGGAUCCCCAGCUGAUUGGUUAUCCGGCGCAGGAGGCGGAGCCAAGGCUUGCGAAUUACCUAGAGCAGCCGGCUUGUUUCCGUUGCGUCAGCUCCACACGGACUCGUUUAUUGGCUCCUGUUGCUGGUGCUGCUGCUGCUUCUACUACGGAGCCCGGUCGCCCUGGGGACGUGGCUGGAGCGCUUGAUGUGCAGGGGAGGCUGGUGCUGAAUGUGGGUGAGAAAAACGGUUUCAGGACCCUCCCGUAAUUUUGAGGGCAAAGAGAUGAAACUUCCUCCCGGAACCUGUAGAGGAAGCUAACAGAGGUUAGGGAGUGGGUUGAGCACAUGGCCAGGAUCAGUUUUUCCUGUCUGUGUCCAGCGUCUUGGCACUUCACAGUGCCUUCAGUGAGCCUUUGUUUCCAUCAGCGGCUAGCCUUGCUAGGCCUUCUACUUGGAACUGGUGUUUUGCUACUUGUGGCAAUUACAAAUCUAUGGCACUGGAAAACUGGUUCUCAAGACUGGCAUCUUGAAAGAGAGAUAGGAAAGCAUCAGAGACAACAAGCAACUCGUAAAGAAAUCAAAAGAUACUUGGCACGGUUUCGAGCCUUGGAGGCCACAGACACAAAGAACCCAUCUCUGAAUUAUGGGGUGGUUGUUGAUUGCGGGAGCAGUGGAUCCCGGGUCUUUGUGUAUUUUUGGCCACCCCACAAUGGCAAUCCACACGACCUGCUGGACAUCCGGCAGAUGCGCGACCGCAACAGCCAGCCUGUUGUCAAGAAGAUCAAGCCAGGGAUCUCUACACUGGCAACCACUCCAGACAAAGCUAGUGAAUACAUGAGGCCGCUUCUCAACUUUGCUGCUGCCUAUGUGCCCAAGGCCAAGCAUAAGGAGACUCCCCUCUACAUCUUGUGUACUGCAGGAAUGAGGCUGUUACCUGACUGGCAGCAGACAGCCAUCCUGGAGGACCUGGUGAGGGAUGUGCCUUUGGAAUUUGACUUCCUCUUCUCGGAAUCACAGGCAGAAGUGAUCUCGGGGAAGCAAGAAGGGGUCUAUGCUUGGAUAGGCAUCAACUUUGUCUUGGGGAGAUUUGACCACAAAGAAGAGGAAGGUGCAGUGGUUUCUGUGACCCUGGCUGGCCAGGAAGAGCCCUUGGUGCGAAAGAGGACAGUUGGGAUCCUUGACAUGGGAGGCGCCUCUCUGCAAAUAGCCUACGAGGUGCCCACUACGACGUCCUUCUCUUCCCCACAGCAGGAAGAAGCUGCUAAGAGCCUGCUUGCUGAUUUCAACCUAGGCUGUGACAUGCAACACACAAAGCACGUGUACCGGGUCUACGUCAGCACCUUCCUUGGCUUUGGAGGAAACUUUGCCCGGCAGCGCUAUGGAGAGAUGGUGCUGAAUCAGACCAUCACCCGCAACAGGUUGCGGGGUGAGCAGAUUGGGGCAAAUCCUGAGGUGCCAAUCUUGGACCCUUGCCUGCCUGUGGGACUGGAGGAUGUUGUGGAGCACGGUGGCCAGACCUUGCACCUCAGGGGCCAGGGAGAUUGGCAGACCUGUGCAGAACAAGUCCGCCCCCUGCUGGCUGGAGACAACAGAACCACAGUUGCUCUGAGCAACACCUAUCAGGCACCAAUUGACUUCAUUAACAGUGAAUUCUAUGGGUUCUCUGAAUUCUACUACUGCACUGAGGAUGUGCUGCGCCUGGGAGGGUCAUAUCAUAUGUCCACGUUCACACGUGCUGCCCAGGAUUAUUGUAGCCUGAGCUGGUCAGUCCUGAUGCAGAGGUUCCAAGACCACCUAUACUCUGCACAUGCAGACCUGCAUCGUGUCAAGUACCAAUGCUUCAAGUCAGCUUGGAUGCACCAAGUCCUGCACGAAGGAUUCCAUUUCCCCAGGGAUUAUGCUGGUCUGCGCACAGCCCAGUUGGUGUAUGAUCGCGAGGUGCAGUGGACACUGGGAGCCAUUCUCUUUAAAACCCGCUUCCUGCCACUCAGGGAUAUCCGCCAGCAGAGUGUCCAUCAGCCUCGUAGCCUUUGGCUCCGUCUCUCCUUCGUUUAUAACCACUACCUUUUCUUUGUGUGCAUUCUUGUGGUGACACUCGCCAUUGGACUCUACCUCCUUCGUCUGCGCCGCAUCCACCACCGGCAGCUGCACCCAGCUCCACUGGACCUCCUGUGGCUAGCAGAAGUGGUGCCACUGCCAGCACAGGACCCAGGCUCCUGACAAAAGAGCUACCUCUCAUUGACUGUCCAGGACUGCCUUAUUGGCAGUGGUUUAUAACCACCCCAAAGCUGUGAUCCUCUUCUGUGUUAGUCCAGAAUUGUACAGCACUCCAGUUUAUCCCCAGGACCAAAGUCCAAACAGUGUGCACUCAGGCUUGGCCCCUAAACCAAGCCCCACAUCUGUAGUGAACUCCAGAUUUUCCUCUGUGGCUGAAGGCCCCAGCCACUAUAGGCAAAUCAUGCUGCAGGUACUGUGAGGCAAGGGAAAGUAUGACCUGAUCUCUUUUAUCCCAGACAGUGGGGCAAAAGCCAGCAUAAGUGAAAAUGACCAAAGAAACCUAAUUUACUCAGGAAGGGAGGGAGAAGGACCUUGUGUAGCCAAGGGCUAUAUUGAAGACUGAACAGCUCUUCUAAAAAAGCAUCUCCCACAAAAGGAAAAGAAGCAGUUCUUUCUGGUGCUUUAACUCCAUGAACACAGGGCCUCUCUCUCACUCUACUUCUGUUGAUGUCUGUGAUAGGAGGACCAAAAAAGGAGUCAUGCAAGCAAGAUUCCUUAAGGGCAAGAAAUGCCCUUUUAACAAAGGCAGAUAUUUGCUGUCUCUCUUUCCCACUCCUCCCAGUACUUUUUGCACAUACAUACAGCCAGAGCUUGGACAAAUUACUUUUUUAAAACUACAACUCCCAUCAGCCCCAGCCAGCGUGGCCACUGGAGUGGGCUGAUGGGAGUUGUAGUCCAAAAAAGUAACUUUUCCAAGCUCUGCUUACAGCAUCGAUCCCUUUCAAAUCCCACAUUCACACAUCAUUAAGAGUAUCUGAAUGCUGUUGCCCCAGCACAGGGGUUUCCACCUGUUCUUAGUUCCACGGAAUACCACCUUGGAAUAGAGAACAGUACAGUUGGUGCAAUUUGUUUUAAUUACAAUAUCUAGCCCAUAGACUUUGAAUCAACUAUGGGUUAAGUUACAAAACGUAUUUGGUUUAAUACUUGAACUCCAGUUACUGUAGCAAUAAAUUCUGCUGAACUGUGCAACUAGAGUUUCUUAACGCUAAUUGUGCUGGAGGAUUGUUGGUUGGAAUACAUCACCACCAGUCAUAAGAACCAUCAUUCCUCCCCUGUGUUUGGGAAUGAGAGCCUAUCAACAAUCCUAGGCCUAAGGAAACGAACUUGCUUUAUUACUUCAAAUAUGGCACAUUUCUGAACAGGAUAGGGUUAUGGAUUGCUUUCUCCCAGUCUAUGAAAGGUGGCAGUAGCUUAGCUGCCUACAUCACCUGGAUAGCUUUACAGAAGUCUUCCUUGCCAAGUAGUACAGACAAGUUCUGAUUUCUGUACACUAUCAGUUGGAUGACAUAGUUGGGACAUUACCAUAGCAGUUUUUCAAGCACUUCUUACCCCACAGUAGGAUACUUAACAAUAGGUAAAGUAAGAUCACAUUUAUUUUCACAAUACAAUAAAUAUAUACAUAUACAUCACGUAAUAAAUCAAUAGUAGAAGAGGGCAGUCUACGCAAAUGCACCCUGGUGCAGCAGCUUCACUGCUGACAGACAAAGAAGGGGAAAGAGCAAGCCUACUGGGCUAGCAUCACCACUUAAAGGUAAGGAAGGUAUUUUGUCUCUACCCCAAGGGGACGUUCCAAAACUCCAUCAGUAGCGAUUCAAUCUUGGUGUUCAUCACAAGAGUUUCAAGAUGCAGACAUUUGCCCAAACUGCCAGGGGAGACACAUUGGUUACAUCAACUCAAGCGGAUACCACCAAGAUGAUCAAUUAAAACAGUAAGGGAAGGGAUAGUUAAAUACAUAAAUGGUCCCUUCAUGCACUUGGCCCUUGGCCCUAUUCCUGUGGGGGACUUCAGACUAUGAAAUAAAGAUCCAUUCAGUUAGUACUGGAAAGGGAAAGGAGUGGAGCUGUAUCCAGCAUCAGAGGGAAGCCUGAGAGAGAGAGCUCAGUUCUGAACUUUCCCUAGCUGGCGAGCACGUCUUAGAACAAGCUCCCUGUUGCCCUCUAUGUGACAUUUAACUUGGCUACCUUUUACAAAGAGAACUGCUAAAUUGCAGCAGCCAAAGGUAUUACAGACAGAUCAUGAGCACAUUUCUGGUCCUAUUGGCUAAACCAGAAUGGGAUCUAUGGCCCUCCUGAUAUUGCUGGAUUAUGAUCCCUGACAGUUGGCCAUACUGGCUGAGGUUAAUGGGAGCUGGAGUCCCAUAAAAUCUGGAGAGCUACAGGUUUCCCAUUUUUGGGCUAAGCCAUUGCCAAGUGAGUCAGGUAAGGAGCAAGGCAUGGGAAUUUGUAAGUCGGAAGCAAAUUAAUUCCUUUUUCUUACAAGCCAUUAAUAGGUUGCAUUUAACAUAGUUAUAUAUAGAUAGGAUGUGUUAGGUAGGCUAAUACCUGCAGAAUUAGUAUGUAGUGGUCCAGGUUACUCCCACAGGAAGCGCACAUACCAGAUGGUCUCAUUCUUCAGCUGCGGUCCAAACAGUGGGUUUGCCUGGGCCAGGAGUGCUAUAAGCCAGCUGCAGUGAAAAGAUCAAAGGAUGGGAAGGUGGCACAUGAGCUGGAUCACAACUCCUUUUGCACAGGAUAUCAUAUAUUGCUAGUGGUCUAGUUCUAAGAGUACAGUGUCACUGGAGGAGGGGUGUAACAUUCCUUAUUCAUACGUGUUGACCUAGGAGCAUCAUGCAUGAAUGCACUGUACUAAAACAAAGCUUUGGACCAGAGGCAGUGGCAGGACAUAUUGCAGGAGAACAGAUAUGAUCUGAGUCCACCCAAAGCUUACUUUAGGGGGGAAAAGACAGGCUGUGUAUGCAUCUUUGUGUAGAAUAAGGAACCAAGAAACAAGUAGAGUAUCAAAAAGGGUCUUUACACAGGACAGCCUGUGUAUUUGAUAAAGGUAUUUGGGAUUCCUUCCUUAUUCUCCCAAUACUCAGGAAGCAGGCACUGGGUCAUAGUGUCAGAGCCAACAUCAAUUAUGAGGGUGGCAGGUCUCCUGUAGGCACAAUCCAGCUCCACAU